UGCACACACCAGCAGCCAUAGCAAUAAACACAUCCACAUACAUGCAUCUCGCCAUUCUCCCCUCCUCUGCAUCACCCGCAUCUCACGUACGUUUAGCAACACUCCGCACAAAGCCAGUAGCCGCUUCCUUCAGCUGCUUCGGCGCUCCCUCUCCCGACGCCAUCAGCACACAUGUGCGGAAGAAGUCACGCGCAUGCUUGAUGACAAGCGCAGACGGCUCACCGCCCCCAUUUCCAUCUCCCCUCUCCUCCCCCGCCUCCGGCACGAUGGUGUCGAUAACUUUCUGGUACCAGGCUCGUAUGGCCGCCUUGCUGUGCAUGCGUUUGCCAACACACUCGUCCAUGAGAGGCUUGAGCUGCAGGUGGGCGUGGGCUGCGAUCUUGUCGGCCUCCUCGACCACGCUGCCGCCACGUAGUCGUUAAGGGCCUCGGCGCAAAACGCCUCCUUCGCUCCCUGCUGGCCCUGCUCUGAGUGGGUGUAGAGGUGGCUGACGGCAAAGCACGGCGAGGCGGCGUGGGUGAGCACAGGCGCUUAGCCUUCUUGCCGUUCAUCGUCCGAGAAGUCUCGAAGUCGAUGGCAGCAAGCUCCGCCGUGUGCGCAUUGCGGACUAGAAGAUUAUGCCAGCUGAGGUCUUUGUGUGUAUAGCCGGCAGCCGCAAGCAUCUCG